AUGAUAAGAACGAAUAUGAAGCAAGAAAGUAACGAAAGACAAGCAUUACUCGAUGACGAAAAAACAUCUCAUAGCAUACAUGAUCAAAAUCGACGGGCAUCUUCUCGUCUUGAAUGGACAGAAUCAACUUGGUUUCGUCUCUUCCAUAUUCUAUUUUGGUCUUGGCUUAAACCAAUUCUUUUAUCAGGAUAUAAACGACAAUUAAUAGAAAAUGACCUUGAUGACUCACCUCUGAUUGAUAAAACUUUGACACUAUUAGAGAGAUUACAAUCUUAUGAUUGGUCAUCAACAACAUCAUGGAUGAUUAUCAGAAAAGAAUUCAUGAAAGAUUUAAUUUCGGUUUAUUUAAUGGGGAUUCUCUUCUGUAUGGCCGAUAUUACACAAGUUCUAGUUUUUUGUCAACUGAUUUGGAGUAUUACAGACAAACAGACAUCGAUUUAUCGUCUCUAUUUAUAUAUUAUAUUACUCUUGUUAUCCAUUAUUUUACAAUCAAUGGCAGAACGACAAGCAGUGUUUUGUUCGAAUCGUGUGGGUAUCCGAAUUCGUAAUGCAUUGAAUAUCAUCAUUUAUAUACGUGCAUUGUCUUUGAAAUCGACAUCUUCAGAAAAAAUAAAUACAGGUCAAAUUCUGAACUUAAUCACCAGUGAUACAUUCAAAUUUGAAGAACUAUACACCAAUUUAGCUGGUCUAACGGCAUCUAUUCUUGAGACAAUUAUUCUAUUUGGUUUACUUUGUUGGAUUAUACAUCCAAUACCAGUAUUAUGUGGAUAUGCUUUGUGUCCAAUAUUUAUUCUAAUACAAAUAUAUUUCGGUCGAAAGUUUCGUCAGUGUCGUGAAAUAGCAGCUGUGUGUAGUGAUAAACGUAUGCAAGCAUAUAGUGAAUUUAUCUAUGGAUGUCAUACUGUUAAAAUGUACAACUGGGAAAAACCGAUGGAAAAUCGUAUAGUUCAAAUGCGUAAAAAUGAAUUAGAAAGUAUUCGAUACACAUCUCGUUUUCGUGCAUUCAAUAGGACUCAAUAUUUUAUCUCAACACAACUACUUUCAUUAGCUACAUUUGGUAGUGCUUGGCUUUUAGGCUAUCCAUUGACUAUAGCAAAUACUUUUCCACUUAUUAUGGCUUUUGCUUUUAUGCGAGAUAAUAUUGCGUGCUGGGUACCACUAGCAUUCGAAAAGUUCAAUGAAGCAAAACUUGCAUCAAAAAGAAUCCAUGCAUUCAUGCAUUUAACUGUGAAACAAGAACAUCAGUCUUCAACAAACACAUUGUUAAGUAAUCAGAAACAAAAAGGCAGUAUCGUCAUGUCGAAUGCUUGGUUUUCUUGGCAAAACGAUAUUUCUUGUCUAUCGUCAUUGAAUCUAUCGGUUGAAAAAGGUACAUUGGUCGGUAUUGUUGGACCAGUUGGUUGUGGUAAAUCGUCUUUGCUUGCUGCUAUUCUUGGUGAAAUGAAUCUUAUCGAAGGUCAGGUGAAUACAUAUCAUAGUUCAUUUUCAUAUGCUGCUCAAUCUCCAUGGAUAUUUGCUGAUACAUUUCGUAAUAAUAUUCUCCUAAAUCGACCAUAUGAUGCACAAAGAUAUAGGGAUGUGAUAGAUGCCUGUUGUCUUAAUGUUGAUCUUAGUCGAUUGGGAUCUUGUGAUGAUCUGGCAAUAAUCGGAGACAAUGGAGUCAAUUUAAGUGGAGGACAAAAAGCACGAGUUGGAUUAGCUCGUGCUUUGUAUGAUGAUGCCGAUAUUUAUUUGCUUGAUGAUCCUCUAUCAGCUGUUGAUCGUACAGUAGCCGAACACAUUUAUGAACGAUGCAUUGGUUCAAAUGGACUAUUGAAAAAUAAAACACGUCUAUUACUUACUCAUCAAACUCAAUUUCUUUUUGAAGCAGAUCAAAUCAUAUUUCUUUCACAUGGACAAAUCGAUAAAGAAGAUCGGUUAGAUGAAAACUUCACAAGACAAAAUGAACCUGACAAAAAACAAACAUCCGUAUUAACUACAAUGCUUGAAGACAAUCCGCCUGAAUGUGAUGAGCAAUCGAUCAUCACUGAUGAAAUAUCAGUAAAUGAUAGGUCCAAUUGGUCUCUCUAUUAUGAUUUAUUUACUGCAUUACCGUCUGGUAUUUGUGGAUUGUGUGUACUGAUUGUUUUACUCUUGUUAGGUGAAAUAUUCAAUGAUGGUGCAAACUAUUGGCUUAGUAUAUGGUUGAAACAAUCUAAAAUUGAUCGACAAUUUUCACCAAAAUAUGCUUAUAUCUAUUUUGGUUUAAUAAUAGGUGCAUUAGUCAUGGAUAUACUAGUAAGCCUGAUGGGUGAUACUCCACAUUAUCCAUGGCGUGGUUGUCAAUGUCAACGAGGAGGAGAACGUGGUGGUCAUUGCCAUUGUCCAGAUCAUGGAAAGAUGGAAAAUACCUAUUGUCGAUAUGGAGGAAAUCAUUGGAUUUGUUUUCCAUUCAGUCGUCGUCGCUCAAUUUCUUCUGAAGGAAGUUAUGAUAACGAUCAUGAAUGA